AUGGCCGACGUUGACCAAAUUCUUCUUGUCCUGGUUCCUAUCUCAAUUGUUGGAGCUGUUCUGAACUGGUCCAGUUUUUACUCGAUUUGCAAGCUAACAUCAUACAAGCACUCUUUUGGUUAUCUCUCCGCCAAUCAGGCUCUCGCCGACGCCCUCCAUUCGACCAUUUUCUUACUGUAUUUUUGUCCGAUGGCUUUGCUAGAUCAUUCAUUCCUAAAACAAUACUCACAUUUUUGUGGCUUCAUCUUGCUCUUCUUCUAUGAACUUUCAAUCAUGACCCACCUGGCUGUGUCUUUCAAAAGAUUUUUUUCGAUUUGGUUCCCAGUAAUUUUCAAGAAACAUUUUGAUGUUCCGAGGACUAAAGUGGUGAUUGGGGUACUCUGGUGUUAUACAUUGAUCCAGGCAACUGUACUCUAUGAAGUGCUCUGCUAUUUCUACUUCGACGAAGAAAUCCGGUUCCUGACAUUCACCAAAACCCCUUUCUGCGCUAUCAUUGGUACCUACGGAGAUUUUCUGAAAAACACCGUGAUUGUCACAUUCAUGAUGUCCGUUGACAUCUUGAAUUUGAUCAAAGUCAAAGUGAAGUCAUAUCAAAUAAAGAACACGCUGACCAAUGCAGCCAUUGAGAAGCUCUCCUGUCGGGAUCGCCGAUUUUUGAGACAAACUAUAAUACAGGGUUCUGUAUAUAUGCUCGGCAUGAUAACAUACUUUUUCACUCCAAUAUAUUUUGAAAACCGUUGGAUCCUGUUCUUCGGCACCUCGUUCUCCUGGGUAGCUGUCCAUGUGGCAGAUGGGCUAAUACUGCUCAUUUGCAAUCCGGAAAUACGCCAUUACAUAUUCCACGUUAAAACAAAUGUUCAAGUCGCAACAGUCACAAUGUGA